UUUUCUUUGGGUUUUUAUGGAAGCAACAACAAUUACAUCAGAAGCAGCAGCAGCAGCAGCAGCAGCAGCAGCAGCCAUGAACGAUAACAAUAAGAAGGAGGAGAAUAUUGAUGAGCACGAACACGACAUGGUGAUGCCCGGAUUUCGCUUCCAUCCAACCGAGGAAGAACUGGUGGAGUUCUACCUUCGCCGUAAGGUGGAGGGCAAGCGCUUCAAUGUGGAACUCAUUACUUUUCUCGAUCUAUAUCGCUAUGACCCUUGGGAACUUCCUGCGUUGGCCGCAAUCGGAGAGAAAGAAUGGUUCUUCUAUGUGCCUAGGGAUCGCAAGUACAGAAACGGAGAUAGACCCAAUCGCGUUACCACUUCCGGCUAUUGGAAGGCAACCGGAGCGGACCGGAUGAUCCGUGGGGAGAACUCUCGAUCCAUUGGCCUUAAGAAAACCCUAGUCUUCUACUCGGGAAAGGCUCCCAAAGGCAUCCGAACCAGUUGGAUCAUGAACGAGUAUCGCUUGCCCCACCACGAAACCGAACGCUACGCCCAAAAGACAGAAAUAUCACUUUGCCGCGUGUACAAGAGAGCCGGAGUGGAAGAUCAUCCCUCGCUGCCUCGCAGUCUGCCCACCACCAGCAGGCCAUACAAGCAGUCCGGGCAACAAAUAUCUGAUCAGAAGAAAUUAUAUACUGGUAACCAGCAGCAGAUGAGUACUACCGAGACUGAGGGAAGUAGCAGUAGCACUUCAGACGUUCCCACUGCGCUGGGGCUUUCCAAGCACAAUAAUGUGUACACCGUGCCUCCUCCUGUACCUCCAGCGCUGGAAGAUCAUCAGCAAGGACUAGUUUUGAUGAAUAAUAAGGCUACCGGUACCCCCUCUAAUUUAGUCCCCAACAAUACUACCACUCUCCUUACUUCUGUGGAUGAUCUGCACAGGCUAGUCAGUUACCAACAACAGUACUACAACUACAACAACAUCGACAACAUUCAUCAACAGCAACAGCAGUUCAUCUCUGGUUUCCCAUCACCUUCACAGCAGCUCUCCCUCAACAUGCUUCCAACCUCGCUUCCCACUACUUUGUGGGACUGGACAUCUUCCGUCCAAGAUAACCCAAAUAAUAAUCCCUUCAAGUAAUCCUUUUCUAUUUAAUAUAUCAUAUCACUCGUCAAAUAUUGCUUAUGUCAUUGUUAAUUACUUACUGCUGAUGAUUUAUUGUUCUUAAUGACUUAUUUUCAACUAGAAUUUUAUAUAUAUAAUAUAUAGAGAUUCAUCUA